AGUUGGUUUAGUUUGAACGCAGCCGCGGUUCGGUUCGUAACUCGCGUUCGCUUUUCUUCUCUUGCAUUGAAAGAAUAAGUUCAGUUCCAAAGGGCCACUCCGGUUGGUCGCGACGAGAACGCGUGGACAGAAAGGAUCAGCUUCAUCUUCGGUACGGGAAAAGUGAUUUACUGCAGCCGGGGCAUCGUCCAGUGUCCACCCAAGCCGCCAAGACAAAGUGUUGGAAUUUUCCCUGACUACAAAGGUUUUCGAUCUUGCCAGCUGCGUGGUAGUGCGGAGGUGUUCAACGCAUUGCAAUAGCCAGAAGAUCGUUCAACAAACGAAGAAAGUGUUGGAAUCUGUUCGGUUCUCGUUUACUUUUGUGGUGAAAAAUCUGUGAGUUGUUUAUAAAUAUUUUGAACGCUUCCGAGCACCGAUCCAGAGUUGGUCGGAUGGCUCAGCUGGAUUCAGUCUGGAUUUGCUACGAAUAAUCGAAGAAACGAAAAGUAAGUGCUCACAGUCAGGGGUGUGAAAAAGCGAAGUAGGAAAAAUAAGUGGUGUGAAAGAUUUAGUUAAACCCCAUCGGCGGCCACUUCUGAAGAGGGUGUGUGCAAGCAGAUAAUGAAAGUAAUUUAUUAACAAUCCGUCCGGAAAAUCUCAUCACCACCGCCACCCCCACCGAUCGAACGCCCACCGAAUGAAUGCGCUUCAAGUGGUUUCAGUAUUUCUCGGCCGACGGUCAAACCAAUGAUUCGUCCAGUAGAGCGUAAUAGUUUAAGCUGACCAGCACCAACAAUAAAAUACCUUCAGUAGUGAUCCCGCCAAUCCCAAAAAAUACUCUUUCCACGAGAAUUUAACAGUGAUAAGCGUUGGUGAACAUUUAGACCGUAAUCAUGUUGAACCGAUUUCGAGUUCGGAAGGAAAAGCCGUCCAAGUCGGAGAGUAUCUCGACGACCGCCAGCACCGUGAUACAGGAUGCGGCCAAAGAUAAUCGCAAAUUGAUACUGGAUAACAGCCGCUGGGAGCGACGGUUACAGAAAGAAUUAAUGUCCCUCAUCAAAGAACCGCCACCAGGAGUCACGGUGGACGAGGAGAGUGUUAGUCAAAAUUUAACUCAAUGGAUUAUCAACAUCGACGGCGUCGAAGGCACGCUGUACGAGGGAGAACACUUUCAGCUGUUAUUCAAAUUUAAUAAUAAGUACCCCUUCGAUUCGCCCGAGGUCACGUUCAUAGGUUCCAAUAUUCCCGUGCAUCCGCACGUCUACUCGAACGGUCACAUCUGCCUAUCGAUCCUGACAGAUGACUGGUCGCCCGCGUUAUCAGUGCAAUCCGUGUGUCUCAGUAUAUCGUCGAUGCUGAGCAGCUGCCGGGAGAAGCGACGUCCACCGGACAACGGAAUUUACGUGAAAACCUGCAAUAAGAACCCCAAGAAAACGAAGUGGUGGUAUCAUGAUGAUUCCGUGUAGGGAGCGUGAUGGUGGGACCGAGGUUCAUUACCUGUUAGCUAAAACUAAUGCAAAUCGCUCCCUGUUCUGGCAACGCAAUGGCAGCAGCAAAAAUCAACCGACGCAAUGCACCCAAAACCGGCAAAAAACCGCAACAUUUGUUAAACUUCUUAAAAGCAAGGACAUCGAUUAAACAUAGAAUACAGUUAUAAUAUAGCUAAUCGGAGCUUUCUGCAGUCACUGCAAAAUCGGAGAUAUUGUAGAAAUAAACAAAUGCAGAAAGACUAGCAACAACAACACAAAUAUUCGUCCCACAACAAGUAAGCAUACCUAAGUCAACGUAGAAAUGAAUUUGCUAAGUUUUUGCUCACUGCUCUUGAAGCCACACAAGUUAGACGAAGAAAGCAAAUGCACGGUUUUUGCAUCCGUUUCGAACUGCUAUCAACAUUAAAAAAAAUACAAAUUCUAAUGUAACGCUUUCAAUUCCCCUGGUUGAACGGAAGCAAUACUCCCUUGUAUAAGUCAGUAAUGUUAAUUUUACGCAUUAAAGCUGGAUACCGUUGGGUGUUUGUUUUUUAAAUAAGAUCAAUGAAAAACUUACGAUUCAUAAUUUAUUUUAUCCAUUUAGCGUUAAAACAAAUGUGAGUGCUACCAAUUUUUAAUUAACUUUACAACGUUUGCUCCAGCUGAGAUUACAGAAUCUAUGGCACCGUGUAGCGUAACAUGCUUUGAUUUUAUUUCCGUCAAAAACGUUCUCGUGUAAAAAAUUCAAAUCUAAUGAAAACCCGAAAAACUAUACACACAUUCCUUCUCUAAUUGAGUAUAAAUUUAACGAAAAGCAAAACCAAAUCGUAUCGAGAUCGUGUAGCGUAAAUUUACUUUAAACUGUUUGGAAGAGAUUGAUUGCGGUUGAAAGUUUGACAAGAGAAAACAAAA